CUUUAGUUAGAUCAUCGAGAGCGCGCUGGAACUCCCGAAUAUCUCAACUCUAUUCUCUCCCUUGUCUGAACAUUUAUCAGCUUCAGUUCUCUGUCUUCCAUCAUCUUUCCCCAAUUUUCUCUCUCCUAAUCCGCCAUUUUUAUCCCUAAACCUACAAGCUAGUCUCUUACUAGCUCCACAAUUGACCGUUUUAGGGCAUUGCUGCUUCAAUUUAGUUGUGUUUUAAUUUUUCUUGUUUUUCAUGGGUCGUAUUCGCACACUUCCUUCUGCCGCCGAUGAUGAUCCUUCCCAAAGAUCGAAGAGGAAAAGGCCAACCUCAAGCUCAGAGAAUAUAGAGUCUGUAACGACAGGUCAAGACUCAAGUGAUGGCAAGAAAGCACUUUACCAUUGUAAUUAUUGCAACAAAGACAUUUCAGGAAAGAUUCGAAUUAAAUGUGCUAUGUGUCCGGAUUUUGACCUCUGCAUUGAGUGCUUCUCCGUAGGUGCUGAGGUCAAUCCGCACAAAAGCAACCAUGCAUACAGGGUUAUGGAUAAUCUAUCGUUUCCUUUAAUAUGUCCUGAUUGGAAUGCUGAUGAAGAGAUAUUGCUGUUAGAGGGAAUUGAAAUGUAUGGACUUGGUAACUGGGCUGAAGUUGCAGAGCAUGUAGGAACGAAAAGCAAAUCAGAAUGUAUUGAUCAUUAUAAUACCAUAUACAUGAACUCUCCUUGCUUUCCGCUUCCGGACCUAUCUCAUGUUGUUGGAAAGAAUAGAGAGGAACUUCUUGCUAUGGCCAAGGAACAAAGUGACCUUAAAAAAGAUACAAUGAAAGAAGAGUCUACAUUUUCUGAUAAAGUCAAGAUUGAAGAACCACAAAAAGAUGCUUCGGUUGAUGAGUCCUCACAGGCUGUUGACAAGCCAACCAAUGGCAUUAUUAUCAAGGAUGGGAGUGAAAGCAUCACAAUUGAAGAUUCGCACCCAGACAGGAGUGUUGGAGAAAAGAAACCUAGAACGUCAGCUGACGAAGGGCCACCAAUUACAGAUUUAUGUGGGUAUAAUCCCAAGAGGCAGGAAUUUGAGACAGAAUAUGAUAAUGAUGCUGAACAGCUGCUAGCAGAUAUGGAAUUCAAGGAAACUGACACAGAAGCUGAACGUGAAUUAAAGCUUCGAGUUUUGCGAAUCUACUCUCGAAGGCUUGACGAAAGGAAGCGUAGGAAGGAUUUUGUGCUGGAAAGGAAUUUACUUUACCCAGAUCCUUUUGAGAGAAAUCUUACACCUGAAGAGAAGGAGAUUUGCCAACGGCUUAGGGUAUUUAUGCGGUUCCAUUCAAAACAAGAGCAUGAGCAGCUGCAGAGGACAGUCAUUGAACAACAUCGAAUUCGCAAAAGAAUACAAGAUCUACAGGAAGCUUGGGCUGCUGGUUGUCGGACAUCAGCUGAGGCCGAUACCUUUUUUGGACGGAAGAGGAAGAUUGAAGCAGAGGAAAGGGCUCGCAAAUUGAGGGAGAGUAUCGAGGCCGGUCCAGGGGGUAAAAUAUUGUUGAGAACAAGUAAAGACUUUGUCAACAAGGACCCAAUUUCGACUACUACAGGACAAUUCAUGACAAACUCCCUGGACGAGUGGGAUAUCACUGGGUUUCCAGGGGCCGAUAUGCUCUCAGAGAGUGAGAAAAAGCUUUGUGGGGAGAUAAGGAUACUUCCAUCACACUAUUUCAACAUGCUGCAAACUUUAUCGAUAGAGGUAAUGAAGGGAACCAUUGUUAAAAAAUCGGACGCGCAUAGUUUGUUUCAGGUCGAUCCAAAGAAAAUAGAUCGAGUGUACGAUAUGCUCGUGAAGAAGGGAAUCGUGCAGCAAUGAAAUCCGCUGUUUUAGGCUCCUCACCGCAUAGUAAAACAGAACUCAUUCCAUUCUGUAAAACACACCACAACCCGCAUAAUGGUCGACCCAGGUAGGAUUGGAUAUUUAAGGAUAGACAAUUUGAUGUAUGAUGUAAGUCAUGUUUUGUUUAUUUUUGUACCAAACCCACAUAUUUUAUGCCUCACCGUCCAUUUAGAGUGCAAGGCUUGAAGUAGUAAUUAAAGGCGUAUGAAGUUAGAAGUAGAAAUAUAGUCUUGAAUUGGAGGAUGUUAAUGUAGAUUAUUGAAAAAGUAGAAUGUAAAAAAGUUUAGUCAAUUGUUGAGACCAGAUAUUUUUGUUGACGACAAAGAAUUUCUUUUAAUGGAAACUCUUCAAAAUUGAUGACAAA